AUGGCGGAAAAUUCUGAAUCUUUUGGGUCUUUUGACUACUCAGAUGUCACGCCAGUGAGCUUAAACGCCGAGGAGCCGCAGCUUUGCCAGAUCUUGUACGAUUCUGAGUAUAAGCAAGUGAUGGGCCUCCUCUUGGCGUUGAUGAAGAAGAAUGAGUAUAGCGAACGAGCGAAACACAUUACCGAACUAGGCAUCGAGGCGUUGGCGUCGCAUUACACAACGUGGAUCUACAGGUUUAAAAUCUUGAAGAAUCUUCCCAACACAAACUACUUCGAUGAGUUGGAUUGGUGCGAGCAAGUUGCGUUGGACAAUGAGAAAAAUUACCAGAUUUGGAACUAUCGACAGUUGAUCAUUGGGGAGCUUUUGAGCAAUGAAGCUAGGGAAACCAUCGAGGCUCGCGAAACGCGAAUCUUUGAUCCGCAUCGAGAAUACCCCAUUUUGGAGGCCAUGUUGGACUCGGACCCCAAGAAUCACCACGUUUGGACGUAUCGCAAGUGGCUAGUUGAGAAAUUUAAGCUUUACGAGGACGCAAAGGAGCUCGAGUUUGUUGAUCUGGCAAUUGAGCUUGAUCUUUUGAACAACAGUGCAUGGAGCCAUCGAUUCUUUUUGAAAUUUAGCCAUGCUGAGGCAAAUUUGAAAGAUGGCGAGAAGAAGAAGGAAUUGUUGGAGAGCGAAAUCGCGUACGCAAAGGAAAAGAUACGAGGGUGCCCUCAAAAUGCCAGUUCGUGGAACUAUCUCUUGGGGAUCUAUCAUAAAUUUGACAGGGACAUCACCGAGCUAGAAGGAUUUGCGAGGGAGUUUGUUGAUCUAGAAAAGGGCAACGUCACGAGUUCGUUUGCGAUGGAGUCCCUAGCUGAGAUAUACAAAAGGAAGCAGCAGUACACCGACUCGGUGAGGCAGUAUGAGUUGUUGCGGGACAAGUAUGAUCCCAUCAGGAAAAACUUUUGGGAGUACGAAAUAAGGAAAGUAAAGGAGUUGCUGUAA